CUAUCAAAACUAAUCAUCCAAAAAUAAAGCAACAAAAUUUCUGGCCGGGGCUUAAUCUUCGUACGUAUGAAGAAAAAGAUAGUGAUAAAUGUGCCGAUGCACAGUGAGAAGGCUAAGUCCAAGGCCAUGAAGAUUGCUGUGGCUGUUGAAGGAGUGAUGUCAGUGAGUGUAGGAGCAAAUGAUAAGCUAGAGGUGGUGGGAGAAGAGGUGGAUUCGGUGUGCUUGGCAAAUUGUCUCAGGAAGAAGUUUUGUUUUGCAGAAAUCAUAAGCGUAGGAGAAGCCAAGCCACCGCCUCCCAAACCCCCGGUACCGCCGGUGUGUCCACCGCCGCCGUAUUGCCCCCCAAUUUGUUGCGAAAGCGUAUACGAUCCUCCUCCUUCCAUUUGCUCCAUUAUGUGAUCAUUUAUAUAUGUAUUGUCUCCUUGUUGAUAAUUAAUGAAUAUUUGCAAGUCGGAUAUAAAUACACUGUACCAGAUAUGGAGAUUUGUCUCCUUUCAUUUGUUCAAA